AGAGUGUGUCGCAACGUUGCCAACAACAGACACUCCUGCAGAGCCUGGACACACUGAGGGAUUAUUACAAACCAUCGGACUGCUAUCACGCUUUUCUGACUGGGAUUCCAUUUGGAUUUGCAAAUAUGAUUCCAGAGGAAAGCUAUGGGCCCGUCGAGAACAGGAUGCAGGCUGUAGGUCUGGCUCUGGAGGAGUUGCUGGUGACGGCUCAGAAACAAGACUGCCUGACCGUUGGCAUCUAUGAAUCAGCCAAACUUCUUAAUGCGGACCCAGACAGUGUGGUCCUCUGUGUUCUCGCGGCUGAUGAUGCAGAUGAUGUGGCCCUGCAGAUCCACUUUACUUUGCUACAGUCCUUCUGCUGCGACAGUGGCCUCCCCAUCCUACGAGUCUCAGGGGUUCGGCGGCUCCAGCAGCUGCUGGGUGCUGUAGAUGACAACAGAAACCAGGAAGAGCACGGAGACCUUCACUGCAUGUUGGUUACGAAUCCACAGGCUGACCACUGCAAGCUUCAAGAGGUGGGAACCUACUGCCAGGAGAGCCGGCGCCUUGACCAGUGGGUGCCUGAGCUGGUCUUGCAGGAACGCUGAAGGGUCUGGCACCCGCAUACAUAACAAAACCAAGGAGCUUUCUGGGUUCAGAUACUCAUGAACCACUGCUCAUGCAGGGGUGGCCGGGAGUGGACUCUGCUGGGCUUGACUGAUGACCAGCAGGAACCAAGGACUUCCUCUCAGUGAAACAGUCAGAGGAGGGACUGCUUUACAAUAUCUGUCUUGUGCAAAAGAAGCAAAUGGAAAGUCAGAUUCCCAUUCAGGCACCCUUUUUUCACAUUGUUAGUAAAACUAGAUCCAAAACUCUGUUUUGUGCCUUGGUUUGGCUACUUGCAUUGUUUAUGUGGCUUGACAAUAAGGAGGAGUAGUAGCAUUGACAGAAACAUGUCCGCACCCCAGUUUCUAACAGGAAUACCUGUGUGUUUACUAUGGACCUGACAGGAAUGUUGUAAUGAAACUAUGCCCAACAUUCCUGUGUAUUCUGAAAUGGGAGAGUCCUUGGAAAGAAGGUGUGUGUAAAUGUGUGGUAUGUGUGUACAAUGCUCUGGUCUUUCUUUAGAAAAGACUGGGCGUGCAGUGUGUGCAUUCUUGAAAAGAGCAGCUGAUCCUGCGGGGGAAUCGUCACCAUGGAAGCUGAAAUGGAAAUGAUGUUCAAGUUAAAGUCGUACAGGAUUUUAUUGCCCAGAAAAAAUUGCAACAGGGCUGCAGAACAUGAUGUUUUUGGUCAGAGGAGGAUGCAUAAAGAGCAGUGUGAACUGAAUUGUAUGUGAUCUGUGUAAUGAAGAAGCCAGUCAGUUAGUUCAAAUGUUGUUAAAUUAAUAUGAAUGAUGUUAUGUCAGUAAUUUAUUGAUUGUAUGAGUGGACUGUGCAGCUAUUUAUGCUCUAGUUUUGUGGUUUGUCAAUGAAGUCAAUAAAUUAUUGUGUCCAUAAUGGA